AUGCUCAGUCGCUUUACUCGUCCUCUCUACUCCACCAUCUCCCGUCUCAAUGUUAUUGGGGCUGGCCAGAUGGGUACCGGUAUCGGUAUUGUCGCUGCUAGGUAUGGUAAAUGUGCUGUGACGAUGAUGGACAACUCGGCGGAGGCUCUGAAAAAAUCCGAGAAGUUUGUCGAGGGCUGGUUGGGGAAGGAAAUAUCCAAAGGCCGAAUGUCAGCCGAUGAUGUAACUGCUUUCCACAGUCUGGUAUCUUUCGCCUCCGUGGAGUCGAAACAGGCAUUGGAUUCAUGCGAUAUGGUCAUUGAAGCAGUCGUAGAGAAUAUCGCUGUGAAGGGUCCCCUGUUUGGGAUGCUAUCGGAGAUCGUGAAACCAGAGUGUAUUCUCGGUACUAACACAAGCAGCAUCAGUAUAACCAAGAUAGCUGCUUAUGCCAAGGGCAUGGAGGAUAAGGUCAUCGGCACGCACUUCAUGCUCCCCGUGCCUGUUAUGAAGCUUGUAGAGGUUAUCCGAGGUCUAUCUACAUCGGAUGCGACGCACGCCACAACCCUGGAUUUCGUUGCCAGUCUGGGGAAGACUGCCGCUACCAGUCUGGAUCGUCCUGGCUUCAUCGCGAACCGCCUUUUGAUGCCAUACAUCAACGAGGCAAUCAUUUGCCUACAGGAUGGUGUGUCGAGUAAGGAAGACAUUGACACUAUCAUGAAGCUGGGCACCAACGUUCCUCUUGGUCCUCUAGCUCUUGCGGACUUGAUUGGCCUCGACACUUGCUUGUUCAUCAUGCAAGUUCUACACCGGGAGCUCGGCGAUAAGUAUAGACCUGCCCCUCUGUUGCAAAUGCACGUUGACGCUGGUCACUUGGGGAAGAAGACAGGGCAAGGUUUUUACACAUAUUGA